UUGAACAUCGAAGAAAACGGCAGCAAAAACGAAAACUGCUCCUCGAAAACCGUGAAUUCAGAAGGGACUGUGUGAGAGCAGCCAGGAAUCCAAUCAGACACACACAUACACCCAAAGACAUUCACACCCAUACACCGACACUGACACGCACACAACCGAAUCGGUCGCCUGUACGAACACACCCUCUCGCACACACACCCACAUGCACUCGUGUACAUAUUGCUUACAUAAAGUCUAAGGAAAAAUCGAUAGGAGUGCAUUAAAAAUUCAGCGUAUAAAAGAACGGCAAAAGGUCUCGAGCGAAAAUCUCCGUGUAGUGUGAAUUUUCCGCUUUACCUAACGGCGAAGAAAAGUCCCAGGCCCCCGUGAAAAAUAUGACUAAUCUGCAGUGACGACAUACACCGCUUACACAAUUUCUCUACACCCAAUUAAUCGAAGAAAUAAACUCGAGACGGACAUUUUCCCAUUGGCAAUCGUUGAAAAAUGGUCACCGAAAAUGGAGCUCAGGGCGAUGGAAACACUUCCUUCCUGCGUGCCGCUCGCGCUGGAAACUUGGAGCGAGUGCUCGAGCAUUUGAAGAACAACAUUGACAUCAACACCAGCAAUGCGAAUGGCUUAAAUGCCCUGCACCUGGCUUCCAAGGAUGGCCACAUCCACGUCGUCUCGGAACUGCUUCGUCGGGGUGCGAUUGUGGACAGUGCCACCAAGAAGGGCAACACCGCCCUCCACAUCGCCUCGCUGGCUGGGCAGGAGGAGGUGGUGAAGCUGCUGCUGGAGCACAACGCCUCCGUGAAUGUGCAAUCUCAGAAUGGAUUCACUCCCCUCUACAUGGCCGCCCAGGAGAACCACGAUGCGGUGGUGCGUCUCCUUUUGUCCAACGGGGCCAACCAGAGUUUGGCCACCGAGGAUGGCUUCACCCCGCUGGCGGUGGCCAUGCAGCAGGGUCACGACAAGGUGGUCGCCGUGCUCCUCGAGAGCGACACCCGGGGCAAGGUCAGGCUUCCAGCGCUGCACAUUGCCGCCAAAAAAGACGAUGUCAAGGCAGCAACCCUGCUGCUAGAUAAUGACCACAAUCCGGACGUGACCUCGAAGUCGGGCUUCACACCUCUCCACAUUGCCUCGCACUAUGGCAACCAGAACAUCGCCAACUUGCUCAUCCAGAAGGGCGCCGAUGUCAACUACUCGGCCAAGCAUAACAUCAGUCCGCUCCACGUGGCCGCCAAGUGGGGCAAGACCAACAUGGUAUCGCUGCUCUUGGAGAAGGGUGGCAACAUCGAGGCCAAGACCCGGGACGGACUCACUCCGCUCCAUUGUGCCGCUCGCUCGGGACACGAGCAAGUGGUGGACAUGCUGCUCGAAAGGGGAGCUCCCAUCUCUGCCAAGACCAAGAACGGCUUGGCACCCCUCCAUAUGGCCGCCCAGGGUGAGCACGUGGAUGCCGCCCGCAUCCUGUUGUACCAUCGUGCUCCCGUCGACGAGGUGACCGUCGACUAUCUGACCGCCCUCCAUGUGGCCGCCCACUGUGGUCAUGUGAGGGUAGCUAAGCUUCUACUAGACCGAAAUGCAGAUGCCAAUGCAAGGGCCUUGAAUGGGUUCACCCCGUUGCACAUUGCCUGCAAGAAGAAUCGCUUGAAGGUGGUGGAGCUGCUCCUGCGACAUGGGGCCAGCAUCAGUGCCACCACGGAGAGCGGACUCACUCCGCUCCAUGUGGCCGCCUUCAUGGGCUGCAUGAACAUCGUCAUCUAUCUGCUGCAGCACGAUGCCAGUCCCGAUGUGCCCACUGUGCGCGGCGAGACUCCACUGCACUUGGCCGCCAGGGCUAACCAGACCGACAUCAUUCGCAUCCUGCUGCGCAAUGGCGCCCAGGUGGACGCCCGUGCCCGGGAACAGCAGACGCCACUGCAUAUCGCCUCGCGGCUUGGAAACGUGGACAUAGUGAUGCUCCUCCUCCAGCACGGCGCCCAGGUGGACGCCACCACCAAGGACAUGUACACGGCACUGCACAUCGCCGCCAAGGAGGGCCAGGAUGAGGUGGCCGCUGUGCUGAUUGAGAACGGCGCCGCCUUGGACUCCGCCACCAAGAAGGGAUUCACGCCACUUCAUUUGACGGCCAAGUAUGGACACAUCAAGGUGGCCCAGCUGCUGCUCCAAAAGGAGGCGGAUGUGGAUGCGCAGGGCAAGAAUGGAGUCACUCCAUUGCAUGUGGCAUGCCACUAUAACAACCAGGCGGUUGCCCUGCUGCUCCUGGAGAAGGGAGCCAGUCCACAUGCCACGGCCAAGAAUGGACACACCCCGCUCCACAUUGCGGCGCGGAAGAAUCAGAUGGAUAUAGCCACUACCCUGCUGGAGUACGGGGCCUUGGCCAAUGCCGAGAGCAAGGCCGGAUUCACCCCGCUGCACUUGAGCAGCCAGGAGGGUCAUGCCGAGAUCUCCAAUCUGCUGAUCGAGCACAAGGCCGCCGUCAAUCACCCGGCCAAGAAUGGCCUGACACCCAUGCACCUGUGUGCCCAGGAGGAUAAUGUGAAUGUGGCCGAGAUUCUGGAGAAGAAUGGAGCCAACAUCGACAUGGCCACCAAGGCGGGUUACACACCCCUGCAUGUCGCCUCUCACUUUGGACAGGCCAACAUGGUGCGUUUCCUGCUGCAGAAUGGCGCCAAUGUGGAUGCGGCCACCUCGAUUGGAUACACUCCACUGCAUCAGACCGCCCAGCAGGGCCAUUGCCAUAUUGUCAACCUCCUCCUGGAGCACAAGGCCAAUGCCAAUGCCCAGACGGUCAACGGACAGACGCCCCUGCACAUUGCCCGCAAGUUGGGCUACAUAAGUGUCCUGGACUCGUUGAAGACCAUCACCAAGGAGGACGAGGCAGCCGCUGCUCCUGCCCAGGCCGAGGAGAAGUACCGCGUGGUGGCUCCCGAGGCCAUGCACGAGUCCUUCAUGUCCGACUCCGAGGAAGAGGGCGGCGACACUAACUGGCAACUGGACGCUGGCUACGAGUACGGCUUUGGCCCGGUCUAUCUGCCGUACUACCAGGGCGACAAACUGUGUGUCUCCAGCGAAGACAAUAUGCUAUCAGAUCAACCAUACCGCUAUUUGACCGUUGACGAAAUGAAAUCCCUAGGCGACGACUCGCUACCGAUCGAUGUGACCCGAGACGAGCGCAUGGACUCCAACCGGAUGACCCAGAGCACCGAGUAUGCCUCUGGAGUUCCGCCCACCAUCGGCGAGGAGGUGAUCAGUCCCCACAAGACCCAGGUGUACGGCAGCUCGCCCAAGGCCACUGUGGAUGGGGUGUACAUUGCCAAUGGAUCUGGUCAUGAUGAGCCGCCGCAUGUGGGCCGCAAGCUGAGCUGGAAGAGCUUCCUGGUGUCCUUCCUGGUCGAUGCCCGUGGAGGAGCCAUGCGAGGCUGUCGGCACAGUGGCGUCCGCAUGAUCAUCCCCUCGAGGUCCACCUGUCAGCCGACCAGGGUCACCUGUCGCUAUGUGAAGCCGCAGCGCACCAUGCAUCCGCCCCAGUUGAUGGAGGGUGAGGCCCUGGCCAGUCGUGUCCUGGAACUGGGUCCUUGCUCCACCAAGUUCAUUGGACCGGUGAUAAUGGAGGUGCCGCACUUUGCCUCGCUGCGCGGCAAGGAGCGCGAGAUCAUAAUCUUGCGCUCGGACAACGGGGAAACAUGGCGGGAGCACACCAUCGACAACUCCGAGGAGAUCAUACACGAUGUCCUGCAGCAGUGCUUCGAGCCAGAGGAGAUUGCCCAACUGGAGGAGCAGGCUGGCAACCAUGUCUGCCGCUUCGUCACCUACGACUUCCCCCAGUACUUCGCCGUCGUGUCGCGCAUCCGCCAGGAGGUCCACGCCAUUGGACCGGAGGGCGGUAUGGUGUCCAGCACCGUGGUGCCACAGGUGCAGGCCGUCUUCCCACAGGGAGCCCUCACCAAGAAGAUCAAAGUCGGCUUACAGGCCCAGCCGGUCGAUCCCGAUCUCACCGCCAAGCUUUUGGGUCGCGGCGUGGCCGUAUCGCCGAUUGUUACGGUCGAGCCGCGGCGCCGUAAAUUCCACAAGGCCAUCACCCUCAGCAUGCCCGCCCCCAAGGCUCACAGCCAGGGGAUGAUCAAUCAGUACUCGGGCAACACGCCCACCCUGCGACUGCUAUGCUCCAUAACAGGUGUGUUUCGGAAAAGGUCUCUAAAAGGCGGACCGUCCCGAGCUCAAUGGGAGGAUGUCACCGGUUCCACGCCCCUGACAUUUGUCAACGACUGUGUCUCCUUUACGACCACUGUGUCAGCUCGAUUCUGGCUGAUGGAUUGCCGCAAUAUAUCGGAUGCCACCAAAAUGGCCACCGAGCUGUACAAGGAAGUUAUUCAUGUACCGUUCAUUGCCAAGUUUGUGGUGUUCGCCAAGAAGAUCGAACCCUUUGAGGCAAGACUUCGAGUCUUCUGCAUGACCGACGAUCGUGAGGAUAAGACCCUGGAGAAACAUGAGCUCUACACAGAAGUGGCCAAGAGCCGUGAUGUUGAGGUGCUCGAGGGUAAGCCUCAGUACAUCGAGAUGGCCGGAAACUUGGUGCCCGUGACCAAAUCGGGCGACCAGCUGCAGUUGCAGUUCAAGGCCUUCCGCGAGAACCGACUGCCCUUCACAGUUCGGGUUAAGGAUCAGCAUGCUGACAUUGUUGGUCGCACCUUGUUCAUGAAAGAACCGAAGGUAGCCAAGGGUGAGCCUCCACAACAGCCCAUCUGCAUCCUAAACAUCGUACUUCCGGAGGCCGUUAUACCCGACUCCACUACCGCCUUCUCGGACCGAGUCACCUCUGCCUACAGGACCUCGAUGUUCAGUUUGAGCAAGCAUCAAAAUGACCAUUACAUUGGCGACAUUCGCAUAGUUGAUCUGUCCAACCUUUUGGGUAAGGAUUGGAUUCAGCUGGCCCCAGAGAUUGGCAUCAAUGCAGAGGAAAUUGAUGAGAUCAUUAACCAAAACACCGAUAGCAUUGCCAGGCAGGCACAGAGCAUGAUCCGCCUUUAUAAGGACAAACCCAACUACGAUAUCCUUUUGUUGGAAACCGCUCUCAAAAACAUUGGACGGGACGACAUUAUGAAGAAGUGCAAGAGUGGACGACUAUCCCAUUCGCGCGAGUUCGAUGAAACGGACAUCAUGAAGAACUCGGAGUCCGUGGAGGAGCUGGUUCGCAGAGAAACUCUCCCCUCAGGCAAGCGAAUCCAGCAAAUCAACGAACGCGAGGAAGUCAAGUACUCUGCCGAGGAGAAGGAAGUCGAGGAAUCCGAGUCCGAUGAGGAAGCUGCCAAGCGAACGGUUGCCGAACGGCGUGAGAAGAUUGUCAAGCGUCUGUCAGUGGAGCGAUCCAUUCCUGCCUCAACCCAGAAGAGAGAGAUCACACGCGAAAUAACCGAAAUCAAGCGGAAAAGUCUUAUCGAGGACAAGAAGGCACACCACGAAUCCGAGAUACUGAUGCAAUUGCCUGCUGAUAACGUAAUCAUCAAGACAAGCACUGUACCCGAACAAGUCAUCAAGAUGAAGAUGGGCAAGAUGGACUCAACCGAAGUGAGCAAGAGCGAGUUCGACAAGGAACUGACGCACAAGUUUAAGACAUCCGGGCGCAGCUCAGAGGAGGAAGACCAGCCAUCAUCCCCAGACCAGACUGACAAAAUUGUGCAGGACAUCAGUGCCGCCGAGAAGAAGGAGAAGGAUUGCGUGACCUUCAGUCGGGUGACGACGAUUACCCGUCAAGAAGCCCGUGACAUCACCGAGGACUUCCUGGAGUUCGAGAAACGCAGCCAACUUCCAGUAACUUCCACCACAGCAACAGUUCACGAGAAGUUCGUGGAGGAGGUCAAGGAGAAGACCAGCCCUCUGGCCUCAGUACCACAGGAAACCGUCAAAGAGGUCCAGCAAGUCAUAAGCGAGGUGACCGAAAUUGCUAGCAAGAAGGUUGAGAACAUUAUUAGCUCCUUUGAAAGUACCAAACCUGCAGAGGCUAGUGCUAUCCUGCCAACUCAGUCCAGUGUCGAAUCAUCAAAGGUCAGCGAGACCAUUAAAAACCUGGAGGAGGCCAAGACCGUGACUCAGGAGCAAGUGAAGCAUGUCCAAGUCAUCGAGAGCUCAAGUAUUGAGGAAACGAUUGCGGAGUUCGAAGCCAAAAAGGUUAAAUACGACUUCCAUGGCGGUGAGCCCAAAACCCAGAUUCCGAAGUUCACUCGUAAGCCCAGCGAUGACUCAAUGAAGCCCACAGCAGCGCCACGUGCUACAGUUGAAUCCGAGAUUGAUUCAGUUAUCGAGGCUAAGUCAGAGAAACCAAUCUCAAAGAUUCCAGUAAAGACAAUUACUGCCGAAGCUCAGAAGGUUGGCGAAGUGGAUGCACGAAAGAUCACUCAAGACUUCUUGCAGGGCGAGAAACUAGCUGCCGAACCCAAGGCAACUCCAGCUGCCAGCAAGAUUCCCAAGGUGGAGCCAAGAAAGUCAGUGGAGAAGCAGGUCGACCGGGAGUCAAAGAUCCUUGAUGAUAUUGUGGCCUCUACGGCUACCAUUAUGAGCGCAGGUCUGGGGGACGAAAAGCUCAAAGAGAAACCCAUCGAACAGUCUGAGAUUAUCGCUAAGGCCGAGACUGUCACCGAAAAGGUAACCGAGCUGCUUGACACAUUCCACAAGAUCGAGGAGAAGGUGGUAAAGUCUGAGAAGACCUCGGAAGUUUCGAGCAAAGUGGAGGACUUAGUCAAGGUCGAAGACAAACCGCUAGUGCAAGUUCAACCCAAAGAGGAUAAGGUGGCUGAAAAGGUGGCCGAGGUUGUUGAAACAUUCCACAAGAUCGAGGAGCAGAUCACCACCGCCGAAGCUCGCAAGCUAACCCACGAUUUCCUUAGCAUGGAACAGCAAACCCAAUUGCCGAGCAUGCCACAAGCCCCUGAGAAACCCAUUGAAUCCAGUCUGACAUCCACGAGUGCAUCGGAACCGGAAUCAAUCAUUACAGUGAAAGCUUCACCGCCAGCCAGUAAGAUACCAGUGGUGGAGCCCAGAAAGUCCAUUAUCGAGGAAACUCCAAAGCCUUUGAUCCAACCUGAGCCUGUUAAGGCGACAGAAAAGAAACCUCUGAAUGAGCGACAGCUUACCGUUGAUUUCUUAAGCAUGGAGCAGCAAACGCAACUGUUUUCCGAGCCCGCCAAAACGCUAGUCGAGGAGGUGACGAAGGCCGCCGAGCAAAUUGUGGAGCAGCCCAAGCAGCAGAAGACACUUACUGAACGUCAGCUUACAGAGGAUUUCCUGAUCAUGGAACAGCAGACACUACUGCCGUCAAAGCUCAUCAGCAGUGAGGCCAAGACCACAGAUAAACUGAUCGAUGGCAUUGAGUCAGCGGCUCCAGUAGGGGAUAUUGCAUCACCAUUCCACACUUCAAAGGUGACUACCAGUGUGGCGACCCAGGAGCCACAGCAUCUGGCGACUGAAUAUGAUAGUGACACCUUCGGCAAGCGGGCCACCGUUCCACUGAGAGAGUCUAUCAAAGAGGAGGGGCUAACUGCUCCAAUAUCCGUGGAGCCAAGAAAGUCACUGACCGAUGCCGAGUUCUGCAAAUCGGUUGGUGAAACUAUUACCAAGAAGAUGAGCGUGGGAGUGAUUGAAAUAUCCGACGAGCUCAAGAAAAUGGAGAGCGAAAUCCCGCACUCCCAGACUCCACCACCUACCCCAAGUGACACAAAGACCGAUAAGCAGAACGAGGAGCCAGAACUGAUCAGCUUAGAACGUGAUUACCUGGCUGACACGGUAACCACUCUGCACACAACCACAGAGUCGACCCUUGAACGCGUCUCUGCCAUUACCAAAAUUGAAACCCUUCAGGAAAAGAAAGUAGACCUGUCCAUUCUGGAUACAGCAAAGAUCUCACAAGAAAUUGGUGAUGUUAAAGUUGGUGGUGGUGAUGAUGAUGGUGAUGGCGAUGGCGAAGAUCUUGUGGCACGUAUUCGCGAGGAAGCCAAUAUUCUGGUGGAUCGCGUGAUUGAAGAGAGUGUCGAGAUCAUUGAGAGUCACGGCCAUCAGGCCAAUGGCCACGAGAUCGCUAAGCUGGAUUACAACUCAGAAAGUGAGAACUAUGCCAUUACAUGCGACGAUAUCGGCGGCGUCGAUGUUAUCAAAUCGCCCACCAUUGAGUCCAUGUCGGGCAAGUCGUUUGACGACAACAUGAGCUUCACCGACGAGCACAUACAUUUACCCUUGCAUGCCCAGAACACGACCACCACCAUGACAACGACAAUUACCACUCAGUUCCAACAGCAGCAGUCCCAGGUGCAGCUGCCCCAAGCCAUUGCCCAGGCUGCUGCCACAAGCACAUCAGCGGCAAAAGAUCCAGUACCAGUACUCGAAUCCCUAGCAGAACCUGUACCCGAACCCUUAGAGAGUAGUCGAGAACAGGCUGAAGAAGAGAGUGAGACGCGAGCGAGACGCAUCGAUCGGAGGAUCGAGAAACUAUCCACGGACAUGGACGAUGUGAGCGCUAAGUUCGAUGAGGCCUUUGAGAUGUCGGUGCCCGAGGACGAGAUUAGUGCUCUUCAGGGAGACUUUUCAAAACUUAGCUGGGAUGACAGCGUGUCCCCAACAACCAAUACCAUGGCCGAUAUGGCCCAGAACCAAAUAACCCCCGAUAACGAUGUUCAAGAUCUCAUCGCAGAAACAGGCGGCGAUUUACCAAACUCAAGUGAAACCGAAACCACUCCCGUACCACCGUCGAAAGAAUCGGAAACCAAAACCGAAACUGAGCCGACGGUAGAAUCCAAUGCAUUCACUACCACCAGCCAUGAUACACCCACACCAAAACCACGAGUACUCAAAGCAAGCUCCCCAGUCUCUGAAGGCACCGAUAGCACUACCAUUCCUGGCCCAGUGCCGAAACCCGAAAUACCGAUUGAUCUUAGUUUUGAUGCCGCCGCACCGGUUCCGAAGCCACGUGCUCCCAUCAAGCACACGGAACCCUUUGAAAACCUAGCUGCCUUAGCUGAGCAGUCCGAUAGCAUUAGCCUGAGGAGCUUUGAAUUUACCGAGGAUAUUUCCAAGACGGACGAGCCCUCCACAGAGCUCUCCAUCCGAUCCCAACUUCGUGACAUAGUCACAACCACGACGACUGCUUCAGAGGAUCACACCGAAAGCUUUGAGCCAACAAGUGAGAUUUCCGUCGAUGAUGCCGACACUGAAAAGUCGGAAGGCGCCGAAAAGACCACUAGCUUCUAUAUUGGGGAAUCUAGCCGUAACGUUAUCAUCAAGACCUCGACAAGAUCCGCAAGUGUGACACCGCAAGAAGAAGAAGCCCAGAGCGAAAUUGGUAUUGACGCCAAGGACAUUUCUUUAAUGAAGGAGGUAUCCGUUGAUUCUGAUGAGGCAAACGAUGUUUUCAAGGAGUAUGUCACAAUGAAACCAGACGAUGCUGCUGCAGUGGACAGCAAGAUAACCAGACAAGGUUCGGAAACUAGAAAUGAUAUACUCGAAUUUGAGAAUGCCGAUAAGGACAAGACAGGUGAACCGAAACUUUCCAAGGUGACCACUGAGGAAAGCUUAACCACGUCCACCGGAUCCAGCGGUCGUGCCAUUAUUGAAAUUGCACCUUCUAGCAGCGAAGAUCCCGAUGAGUCCAGCAAGGAGAUUCCGGAAAUAGUAAAUACAAUCUCCGAAAAGACGGCUUCCACCGAUCGGUUUGAAUUGCCUUUGGAAAAGAGUGAGUGGGAAACAUCAGAGAAGGAAAUUCCAACAGCGGGAAAGCCAAAAGUAGUUCAUUCGCCACAGCAGCCCCAAGAAACAGACACAAAGAGUACAAUGGACAAGUCUCUUGUAGGUGAAGUUUUUGCCGAAGAGCAGGAAUUUGGGGAAUCGCAGAGGAGUGAGUACAAGAGCUCGAUGGACACCGAAGAUUCAUUCGAGAAGACAACAUCAGAUUUUGGAUUCAGUACCAUGCCGCAAGGAUUUACAACCACUACUGAGACCGAGGAUAUAUCAUCAUUUAUUGGCAUACCCGAGGGAAGCAUGCAAACAUCAACAUUAGAUAGUACACAGCCUCCCGAAGGUCUGUUCGAUACCACAAUCAAGGAGACCCUCAAUAAGCAAGCAGCAAUGGCCCACUAUUCCCAGGAUGUUUUUGGCAGAGGGGAGAGACGCGAUGAUCACGGUUCCCUAGGUUUCAUUUCCACCGGUACAGCUGAAGAGUUAAGCUCCAUGGAAGAACACAUGGCAAAGGAGGAGCAGGCCUCUCUGGGCUUCGUUUCCACUGAAACCGCAGAAGACUUCAGCUCUAUGGAAGAUUACUUCUCCGAAAAAUUGGCCAUUGCCAGUGUGGUAGCAGAUGAAGUUGCUACCGACAAGUCAAUCACCACCAGCACAUUUGAGGAGCUCUCUUCGGAUCAAUCCAUGAAACCAAUCGAUGUGGUGGUACAUCGUCUUAAGACCGAGUCAUCGCCGGAUUCCAUCAACCGUUGGUCUAUUCCGGACGUAGAUACCUCAAGCUCCAGCGAGAGCUUCCACAAGAGCUUCGACAAGACCCAGAGUCGACCUCUGUCCUCAGAUAUGGAAAACCUAAUGACAGCCACUGGCACAGGUACUGGUACAUCAAGUGAGUAUCAAACUGCCCGGGAAUUCAGCACCACUGGUCGCACAGAGGGAACCGAAUAUAUUAGUGCAGUCAGUACCCUUGGCAGUAGUAGUUUAGACUCUCAUUCAGAGACUUCGGCCAACUUUGCCAGCAUUGAUGUUUCCGAACUGUCGGAAACACUGGUUGCCUCCUCCGCUGAAGCAGAGGCAUUUGAAGCUGAUGAGAUGUCACGGCUUCAUGAUCUUCGGGAUGAUGACGAGGACAGUGAUGAGAGCAUCGAACUGCCUGGAACUGCUUAUCCAACCAGCGAGCAGCAGAGUCUGAUGAAACGCUCCCAGGAAAUGAUUUUCAAGCCCAAGGCUGAGGAGGAAGAGCCACUGCCUGUUGAGGUUGUGCAAAUCGAGGAAUAUCCUAAGCCCAAAGAGGCCGAACGCACGUGGGGCUUAGCCUAUCCUCUAGAAGAUAGCAAGGCAGAUAGCCCGCGGGAAAGCGAAAAGGGCGAGGACAUCCUAUUGUAUCACGGAGACCCACGUCGGUCCAUCGACGAGUCCAAAUUAGCCUCCAGCUUAGACGAAGGCAGCAUUCUUUCGGUUAGCAUGUCCAGCACAUCCAACAUUGAUACUGUUGUAGAGAACUUUGAUGAUAUUAUUGGAUCGGCGGGAUCUUCCUCGCUGACCGGCAUCGAAGGUUUCCAGUAUGGCCAUGAUGAGUCGAUUCCAUCUGCCUCAGUACCCGAAGAUGCCACAUUUAUGCUGGAAAUGGACAGCAAGGAGCAUUCGCCGCAGGAUUCUAAUGCCAGUACACCACCAGGAGGAGAAUCAAAACGUCGUGGUCAUAAGAGAAAUGAGAGCAUCUCGGGAGAUGCGUUGAAGAACUUAGACAAGGAGGUGGCCCUACUGGGAGAAGGCAAGGAAUCAGAAAGCGAGUCCGACACGGAUCCCUACGAGUCGGAAUACGCUCGCCAGUUCCGUUCUCCCAAAGAACGAAAGAGCAAAAAGAAGAAGCAGGCUGCAGCCGAAAUGGAUCACAGUGGCGAACUGGAGAAGCGUCCGUUUACCCCUUCCCAGCUGGUGGCCGAGGUAAUCGUGGAGGAUAGUGCCACAGAGGAGCUGGAGGCAGAGGCAGCUAUGAUCGAAGAGCGUCGACCUUCACAGAACAUGCAAGACUACUCAAACAUACCGGACAUAAUGGUCACUGAGGAUAUCAAGUCACCCAUCUUGGAGGAGGAGACCGACGAGUUCCCCGAAAAGAUUCUCUACAAGGUGCGCACCGAGGAGGAGUUGCACAAGGCCAGCGAUACCUCGGUGUACCAGAAGGCCAAGGCCGAGGAGAAGGAGCAGGACUUUCAAAGAAGAGUACAGGAACAGUAUCGCCAAAAGCUCGAAGAGCUAAAGCGGGCUGAGGUUGGAGCCGAAUACGAUGAUCUCAAGGCUCCCGACUCGCCAGACUCCUUCGAAAUGGUUGAACAACCCGAUAUUUCGGAUGAGUUUGUGAUCAUUGAGGAAGUGGCGAAGGAGGCCAACGAGGUGGACCUUGGAGGUCAGAGCAUCAAAAUUAAGCCAACGAAGUACGAGCAGAAGCACGAUGAAGAUGUUGAAAAGAUCAUCAUUAAGUCAGCGCCAGCAGAUCCCAAGCUAGGUUCACAACUCUACAAGGACGAUUUGAACUUCGAGUUUGAGGAAAGUCCACCGACGGCAGCCAGCAGCAGUAGCGAGCAGCAAGAGGAGAGUGACUCCAGCGAAACUGCAGCAGCCAACAAGCGCUGGGUUGAGAUGCAGUUGACAGACAACCAGCUGCGGUACCCUUACGAUCUAGCCGGAGCCGUACUGGAGGACAUUAAGGAGGAAGACGGCGAGUUCGAGGUGGGCAGCAGUCGCAUCAGCAGUUUCAAGGACUCCUUCUCCAGCACGCCGGAGUACGAUGUGGCAGCUCGUCGUUAUCAUUCCCGUGGCGAGCACGACGAUGUCUCGAUGAGUAGUCUGCAGGAGUUCGAAUCUCUGGAGCAGGCCAUUUCCCUAGAGAAUCGUAAUCGCACUCACCAAGGCUCCACGGACUCGAGCAAUGGAAGUUUCACCCGCCGGUAUGUGGUUCGUCACAGUGCCAGUGGAGCUGCCCCGGGUGACGAUGUAUCGGUCUCCAGUCUCAAGGAUUUCGAGGGUCUCGAGAAUGCCUGCAUUGAAGCCCACCUGAUAGAGAUCAAGGCCAGGGAAGAAGCCGCGCUGCUUUCACGCUCUGACGAGUCCAACAAAUCGAAUGGCAGUGACAAAGGAGCCACGGGUAAUGUGGUGGUAACCAAGGUCACGCGAACCGUAACCCGCACCGAAGUGGUGCCCUCCAGUCAGGCGGAGAACAUCGAAGCCCUGCUCAAGCACAAGUUGGAGCGCGAUGAGGGAUCCGCCCAAGUGAAAGUAACCGACGUGAGCACCACGGAGUUGGAGCCCAAGUCGAAGAUCGACAGCCAGGAUUCGGAGAAGGACAGCAUCGAUAGCAUGGAGAUUAGCAAGAGCCACGAUAUGAUGACUAGCAGCAUAGAGAGCUUUGAUAUUUCCAAGGAUGCCACCACGAGAUCUGACAUUGACUCCCUGGAGAUCGACAAGCGGCACUCGCGACAGGAGAGCAUAGAGUCCUUUGGUGAUGAGCAAUUGGAUCUGAUGAGCAAGUUCGUCAGCAGCGGAGGAGUAACACUUGGUGAUGGUCUGACCACGACCACAACCACCACCACCACCAGCACGGAUGCCGAUGGACAUGAGCACACGGAGACCAGGGUGAUUACCACAACAACGACCGUGGGCGGUGGCAUUCAGGAGCUCCCGAUGGAUGAGUCCGGAAUGUCAAAGGACGUCUCGGUGGAUUCCCUGAACCUCUGCAUGGAACAAACGACCAGUUCGGCUGGCACAACGGCUACCUACCAGACCAGUGCUGGUAACUCCCAGAUGUCCGGGAGCGUUACGAGCUGUGCCUCCAGCACUCUAAUGGAGGAUUCGUUCCCUGGUGUGGGUGGCAUGUCUUCGUCGCAAAUGUCGGCCAGUUUUUGGUCCCACGAUGAGUCCACGGUGGUCGAGGACGAAGGACACGAUCCUGCGAAGAAGCCGCACCAAGGCCAGUAAACGCCACAGGGGAUUGAGAGAGAGAGAGAGAGAGAGAGGGAGAGACAGAGAGAGAUAUAAAAGAAAUCACACGUAAUCCUAUAUGAAAAUGGGGCUUGAACGGUGACAUAGAAUAUUCGGCUAGACAAGGCGCUCUUCUAGGCGCGGCACUAAUGGAUUAACCUGUGGCCGGAGAACGCAUCUUCACCGGCUCUGAACAUCACCGAUUUCAAAUCGAACAGCCAGAGGGAUUUAUUAAUUAGCAAAUUUGACAUUCUCCAUCUACACACACACACACAUUUUUAAAGAUAUUGAAGUGCAUACACGAGUUUUAAAAGGCAAAUAUAUAUAUUUUAUAUAUUUAUAAAAACUAUAAAAUCGCAAACAUGAAUACGAAUAUGAAUAUGGCAAGCAUAGGCCGUUCAACGCAUUUUCUUAUUGGCUUUAAUGUUUAAAAAUUUAUUAAUACUAAAACAGAAACCGAAAUCUUUUGUGCUAGAGCGUUGUAAUGAAAUAAUCCUUUGCUUUUAAUUUGAUGUAGUUAUUAUAUAUGUACAUGUACGAAGGAUACUUAUUAUUAAAUGAAUCGCUUAUUAUUGUAGUUUAAUUUAAGCAAUUAUACAAACGCAUGUGGAAAGGGGACGUAAUGAAAUAGCCGAUGCCUGGCAAGUGAAAUGCUUUUAAAGUCUCAUUUUUUACAAGAACCAAGCAAAUUUUUUCGCUUGCAUUUUUAACAGUGAAAUAUACAUAAAUAUACAACCUGAAAAGAAAUGCAUAGAUCAAAUUUAAAACAUAUACUAACAGAUAUGAAAUUAAUUCACAUAGAAAUACCACAAACAGCCAUGAAGUGUAUUGCUAAUUUUCGUAAAGCACAUCUUACGUGAACGAGUAUUCGUCAAGAACUUACUUAUUGAAAGGAUUUAAACGUUUUAGCAUCACCACUGUAAUGGAAUAUGAAUAAAAAUAAUAUUUGUGUUAAAAACAUACAAGAAAUAUUUAAAAAAAAGUAAUAUUAUUGUAUUGUAAACCCACACGCGUAUGAAUAACCAAAUAAAAUGCUUAAUAAAAUUUGC